AUACGCGAUAGUCGAUAUUUCGUACUGCUGAAAUGUCAUGCUAUCAAUUAGUUUGUGGUAUCUGAGAACGAGAAGGUUUGAGGUGUCUACACAGAAUCAAAUUUGCGACUUUGUGGAAUUCACGAUACUUGAGAAUUAUCUAAAAAUCAAGGAUGUCGACGAAAGCUGAAGAAGUAAAACUGGACAUUGAGGAAUUCAACAACUUGCUGGAGAAGGCUUGCAGGCAACGAGUCAAGGAUGUGCUGACACUGGAGAUCAGAAAGUUACAGACAGAAUUGGCGAGGUUGCUUGAGGAGAACAAGGAUACAUCUGUCAAGUCAACUACUGCAUUGUCCAAUUCUGCCCAGAAGCGUUAUGAAGUGAAACUGAACAAUUAUGGAUGGGAUCAGACAAAUACGACAGUGAAGAUCUACAUUACACUCAAGGAUGUCCAUCAGCUACCCAAGGAGUCAAUCAUCUGUAACUUUACCGACAAGUCCCUGGAUCUACGCGUGCUUGCCUUGGAUAAUCGAGAUUACCACUUGCCAAUCAAUAAUCUAUGCGCUGAGAUAAACACAACGAAGAGUAAUGUAAGAGUAAAGACUGAUAUGAUUGUAGUAUCAUUGGUAAAGCAAGUUGCCAAGGACUGGUCACAUGUAACAUGGGUUGAGAAGAGAAUCAAGGAGGCAAAGGCACCAUCUGUGCCAGAGAUGAGCGAGGACAACGAUCCCGGCGCCAGUUUGAUGAGUUUGAUGAAGAAGAUGUACCAGGAUGGCGACGAUGAUAUGAAGAAGACAAUAGCGAAAGCGUGGACCGAGAGCCAACAAAAGAAUGCGGGUCUGAUGGAUUUGUAACUUCCUGCGAAUGAAGCUUCGGAUUUUAAUCUUUAGCCAAUGUGCAUUUCGUGAUCCUUUUAUAUUCUCGUUAAAACUCUUGCGUCUUUGCCGCAGACUAUCUUGACUUAUGACGUCAGAAAUGGAAAAAUCCAUGCCCAAAAUUCCUAUAAAGUAGAGAUAAAAAGUAGAGAUAAAGUUGAAAUAAAAAGAUAUAUCCAAAGGAUGACACUCUUGCAAUAGAUUGAACAUAUCUCUAGAAUAUUCUGAACACUUUCCUUUUACUCUAAUAAAUAACAAUAAAUAGCUGUAAAAUUAACAUAACAAAAUCAUUAGAAGAAAUAAGUUAUAAAGAACUUACAAAAAAGCUUACAUAUUAUGUUAAUUUUAGGGUUAUGUUUUUAUUGUUGAGACAAAUGGAAAUUUUUGGAAUAUUUUACAGAUGUGCCCAGUCGAUCUUCAGGGUCAAUAAACGUAUUCUUUUAUUUCAGCGUAUGUUUUGCAAGAAUUUUGCGUUUUCUCACUUCUGACGUCAUCAAUCAACAGUCUCGCGGCGAGGGACCACAAGAGCCUUAAAUAUAAAAUGUGCAUCGAAGAUAAUAAUCAAAACGCGUACAUACGGACAGUGUUGGACAUCAAUCGAUAAAAAUUUUUCUCCACUAAAAUAGUCGGCAAGCCAAGAAUCAAGAUUAAUCGAUCGUCAUAUAUAAAGUCAAAUAGUUCCAUCGAUUGAUGAAACUAUUAAUCAAACUUUGGUGUGAUUGAUUAUAUAGGGUAUCCUAGAACAAUCUACGAAGCUCUCGUGAUAACGUAGAGCAGGUCGAGAUGAACGUAAAAGUCCUAUACAUUUUUGCAAUAUUCGUAAUAAUAACAAAAAAAUUAAUUACGAAAGAUUAAGGAAAAACGUGUGUUGAAUGGUAGAGAACGAAACGCUCGAGUCACAGCGCGGCCUAAUAAUAUAGCGUGCGGAUGUCCACGUGUGGCGAUUGGAAAAACAACGAACUACUGCCUAUGCUUAUAUCGUUGCACUCCUACGUCUUGGUGCACCGCGUCGAGGCAAGAUGUAGGAGCGCAGCGAUAUAAGAAUAGGCAGUGGUGCAUUGUUCUUCCAAUCGCGCCGACAUCCGCGCGCUAUAUUACUGGGCCGCGCUGUGAUUCGAGCGUCCCGUCCUCUACUAUUCAGCACACGCUUUUCCUUAAUCUUUCGCAAUUAAUUUCUUACUUAUUAUUACGAAUAUCGCAAAACGGACUUUUAUACUCACUUCGACCUGCUCUACAUCCUCACGAGAGCUUCAUAGAUUAUUCUGGGAUACCCUGCAUACUAAUUAAUAAUUAAUUUCAUCGAUGGAUUUAACUGAUGGUUACAUAUAUAACGAUUAAUUAUAUUUAUUACUUCAGCUUUAUAUAUGCUAAGAAGAAAUUUGAUUUUUAUUGCUGAACUACACGUACAUCCAAUCAUCUUCUACAUCUACUUAAAUAUCUAAUGUAACAGUAGUUACAUUGCCUCUCUCAAUUUAACUUUAUUCUCGUCUAUUAAAUUCACUUGUAAUAUACCAUCUAUAACUUACAUGCAUCUCUCUUUUUUUUCUUAAAAAUAUUCUCCUUACUCAUACUUAAACUUAACUCUUACUUAUCUCCAGAAUUUCCACUUUUCCUUUAUACCUUUAUUUUUCCCUUAUACACCUCUUCUCCAUUCCUAACUUCUUUUCUUUAUCUCUAUGAUAUUUAUCAACAUAAUGAUUCAUAUUUAUUAUCUUAUAUUUUUUUCCACAAAAUAUAUAUAUUUUAUUUUUUCUUCUAUCCAGUGUAUAUUCGACUAUUUCAUAUAUUUCUGCAUCUCAGUAACGAUUGAUUAAUUUUGAUAUUUGAUUUGCCAGUUAUUUCAGUAAAAGAAAAUUUUCAUUGAUUAAUAUCCAACAUUGCAAUACUUCUUGAGUGCGAUUCAAGUGAAUAACGGUAAUGUUCGCGUGUAUUUAUCUCUUUGCUGGAAAAAUAGACCAAAUAGAACUAUUAUUGAAAAGUGCUCUUUGUGUUCUCAAACUGAAUCAUAGAAAUUAUAGCAAUUAAUGAUCAACAAUCUGUACGAUUUUAAUUUUAUUUUUUUCCUGGAAAUUCUUCUGCAUGCUUAUUUCGUUUGUCGCGAUGUGUCGUCAGUAAUAAAAACCGGAGAAGUCAGUAAUAAAAUACAGCAAGCUUAACUAAAAUUUCGAUAUCUUUAUUAUCUGUUCUUAUACAUCUCGCAAACCAUGUAUUGAUUUACAUCGCAAUUAAUUAUAUGUUACCUUCUCGUGGUCGAUAAUGUACAAAACAUUUUUUAGUAAACUGAAUCAGUUGUGAAAUUUUGUUUCGCAGGAUAAAUAAAAAGAUUUUACGUGA